AUGCUUUCCCUCCUUCCGUUUUGGAUAGGAAAAGACUACAACGGUGUUCCUGCUUGACACGGCCUCUGUAUAUAUUUUGGCCCUUUCUACCUCCUCUUUCGCAGAAUUCUAUUGGCUCUGUUCUUAGAUCCUCUGUAUUAUAUCUUUCUUGCAAACUCUCACCCAUUCUUUAUCCAACACUACUUCUGUGAUCUUUUUGCUCCUCAAAUCCAUCCCUUUUAUUUGAAUCUGGUUGCCAUGAUUUCAAGGCGUGCAUGCUUUCGCAAUUUGCUUCAAUCUCUUCGAACCAGUUAUUCUUCGUCCAAGGUUUUUGUUUAUUACCACUUGACAUCAUGUAAUGGUUUAAAAGAUGCUGUUCUUAUGGCUCUGAUCUCCUUGACUUGUUUACAAGAUUGUUUUGGGUUUUGUUUGUUUUUUUUUUUACUUGUUCUUCAUUGUCGUGUUUUGUUUUCUGGGUGAACAUGUUUGAUUUUUGAAGUUAUUUUCUUCUGUUUUCUUUUUUCAUUCUUUUCUUGAUUCUUCGAUCGUGUUGGUGCUUUGGCGUCUUGCUCAUUUUUUCUUUCUUUCUUUCUUUCUUAUGAAUCUCCUUCUUUUCAUCCCUGUUCUUCGAGGAAUCGAAGGAUGAUUAUCCAGACAGGUGGUUAUGGGCCAAAAUGUAGCAAGUAUGGGCUGGACAAUUUGGACAUCCUAGAUAGGAGAUUACCAUAGAUUUGCAUCUCAGGCUUCCUCUUCUCUGCAACAAGUACUCGAACCAUCUACUUACAGCGACGACGAAAACCCAGAUGUCGACUGGGAUAAUCUUGGCUUUUGCAUGAUGCGUACUGAUUACAUGUACAUGACGAAAUGCACUAAAGGAGAGUGUUUUGAACAAGGACAGCUUAGUCGAUAUGGAAACAUUGAGCUGAGCCCUGCUGCUGGAGUUCUAAAUUAUGGCCAGGGACUGUUUGAAGGCACAAAAGCAUAUAGGAGUGAAGAUGGACGCCUUCUUCUCUUCCGUCCAGAACAGAAUGCAAUCCGCAUGAAAAUGGGGGCUGAAAGAAUGUGCAUGCCAUCACCCUCCAUCGAUCAAUUUGUAGAUGCUGUGAAGCAAACUGCCAUAGCCAACAAGCGUUGGAUUCCUCCUACGGGGAAAGGGUCUCUAUAUUUGAGGCCUCUGCUCAUGGGAAGUGGUCAAAUAUUGGGUUUGGGUGCAGCACCUGAAUACAUAUUCCUCAUCUAUGUUUCCCCCGUUGGAAACUAUUUCAAGGAGGGUUUUGCACCCUUGAACUUGUAUGUUGAGGAAGAGUUUGAUCGGGCCUCUCGUGGCGGAACCGGAGGGGUCAAAUCGGUCACCAACUAUGCCCCAGGUCUGAAAGCAUUGACUAGAGCAAAAAGCAGAGGAUUUUCUGAUGUCCUAUACCUGGACUCUGUGAAUAAGAAGUUCAUUGAGGAGGUGUCAUCUUGUAACAUUUUCAUUCUCAAGGGCAAUGUUAUUUCGAGUCCUGCAGCAAAUGGGACCAUUCUUGAAGGAGUUACCCGUAAAAGCAUCAUUGACAUUGCCCGUGAGCAUGGUUACCAGGUUGAGGAGCGUGUUAUUACCAUUGAUGAACUGAUUGAUGCUGAUGAAGUUUUCUGCACUGGAACUGCUGUUGGUGUUGCUCCUGUAGGGAGCGUUACAUACAAGGGUCAAAGGAUUGAGUUUAAAACAGGCCCUCACGCUGUGUCACAGAAAUUGUACACAACCCUUGAAGGGAUAAAAAGGGGUUUGAUUAAAGAUAACAAAGGCUGGAUAGUAGAGAUAGAAUAGAUUAAAAAAGCUCUUUACCCACCACCUCAUGGACCAAAUACCAACCGUGUAAUGCUACUUACAGUCGUUGAGUGCGCAAGCGUCAUGCAGUCGCUUUGAAAAAUAGUGGGGUUCACUAUUAUAAAAUUAAUUUUUUUCAAGUGGUUCUCAUAUUUAUUUACUUUUUCAAAGUGAUUGUGCGGCGCUUGCACACUCACAACUGUAACUAUCAUUUCUCUUACCAAAAUAUGUGUAAAAGAGUGUUGUUCUCCUGAACAUAAUAUGAUCAUUUUAGUGA